AUGGUCCAACUACGUUGGAAACCUCAAGGUCAAGGACAACAGACUGAAGCAGGACGCGAUCGACAUGCCAAGGCGGGUGCGCAUGCUAAAGGGAUUCUCGGUUAUCUUCACGAGCAAUCUGGGCAACUGGUGACGCUCCGUGAUGUCCAUAACAUGAUCCAAGGUUUCAAGAAAGAGCAGAGGGUGCACGACGUGUUUGGAAAGACUGAAGAAAUACCAAAUUUGCGCAAGGCUGUUGAUUUUUUCAAGAAGUACAAUCCAGCUUGA